AGUAAAGAACCUGAAUGGUAUUUUGUCCACAUUCACAAAUAGACCCUCCAACACAACAUACUGCCCUUUCCCACCGGCGCCACAAAAGUCUCUCUCUCUCUCUCUCUCUCACGUGCUUGCCUCCAUAAACCUCUACACAGAGAGAGAUGGGGAAGGAGAAGGGGACGCCGGCGUCAUUGGAGGAUCUGAUAGAGAAGGCGGGAGGUUGUGCGGUGGUGGACGGAGGCUUCGCUACGCAGCUUGAGAGACACGGUGCUGUCAUCAACGACCCUCUCUGGAGCGCUCUCUGUCUCAUCAAGGACCCUGAUCUCAUCAAGCGGGUCCACUUGGAAUACUUGGAGGCUGGUGCUGAUAUUUUGGUCACUUCAUCUUACCAGGCCACCCUUCCCGGAUUUCUGUCCAGAGGAUUGUCGUUUGAAGAAGGGGAGUUGUUACUAGAAAAGAGCGUCAAGUUGGCUGUUGAAGCUCGAGAUAGUUUCUGGGACUCUGUGGAAAGGACUCCUGGACAUUGCUAUAACAGGGCGUUGGUUGCAGCCUCUAUUGGAAGCUAUGGAGCUUAUCUUGCUGAUGGUUCAGAAUACAGUGGGUGUUACGGACCAGAUGUGAAUUUGGAUAAGCUGAAGGAUUUCCACCGCCGCAGAUUGCAAGUUCUUGUGGAAGCAGGUCCAGAUUUACUUGCCUUUGAGACCAUUCCCAAUAAAAUUGAAGCUCAGGCCUGUGUUGAGUUGCUUGAAGAACAAAACAUCCAAGUUCCAUCUUGGAUCUGUUUUAGCUCUGUAGAUGGUGAGAAUGCCCCAUCAGGCGAGAGGUUUAAGGAGUGCCUUGACAUAAUAAAUAAGAGUAACAAAGUACAUGCAGUGGGAAUAAACUGUGCACCUCCCCAUUUUAUUGAAGCCCUUAUAUCCAAAUUUAAGGAGUUAACCAAGAAGGCAAUAGUUGUUUACCCCAAUAGUGGCGAGGUAUGGGAUGGCAGAGCUAAGAGAUGGCUGCCAUCUAAGUGUUUUGGCGAUGACAAAUUUGAAUUGUUUGCAACAAGAUGGCGUGAUGCCGGAGCUAAACUCAUCGGAGGCUGCUGUCGGACAACACCUUCCACCAUUCAAGCCAUUUCAAAGGUUUUAAAAGAAAGGUCGUAAGCAAAGAGGAUUGUUGAUUACUGAUUUCAUCGUUUGAACUUUUCACCAAGAAACUACGCUUCUUUAAGUUGCUGCCCAUUCAAUCUAUCUUAACCCACAGAAUUUUACUCAUUUAGAAAGGGAGAGGAGGGAUAUCUUCAUCUAAGAACAUGAAUGCCGUCAAUUUUGCAUAGGGAUGUUUCAUUAUCGCUAUUUGCAAAAUUAACUACCGUCUACCGUGAACAAAUCCAUUUACUUUUAAUCAAUUUCAAUUUUGCACUUUCGGGGUUUGUUGGAUGAUGAUUGAGACUUUUGUCUUAAAUUACAGGACUUUCUUUGUAAA